AUGGAAUCAUCCAAUCAUCGGCCGUGGCCCGUCAAAUGCGUCCCAGCACCGGAAUCUCGCUCGACAGGCGCCAAGAACAGCCGCCGCCGCCCAGUAUCCCAAUUGCAGGUUACAUCGAUUCGUCCGGGCCCCAAUCAACCGCAUAUCCAAGGUGCCCUGCACUCUGAACAACCCCAGGGCGAUUCCGCUGGCCGCCCACACUCGUUAAGGCAGGGAGCAGCUCGCGGCACCCGAAGCGCCAAUUGUCAGGAGAUUAUUUCCAAUUUUGAGUGGGCCGCCCUCGACAUCAAGAAGCAGCGGUCUCCCGAGGGGGCUCCGAAGGCCGCCGGAAACAGUAAUCCAGGUUCCAGGCCAAAGGUGGUCGUUCAAGUGGCCAAGCCCCCUGCGAAGAUGUCUCGGAAUCGCCCUAGAGGGCCCCCUAUGCCUAGGGACAAUGGCCUUGCCGCGAACGAGGAGACUGACAUGUGGAAUAAGAUUCUUCAGGACUUACGCAAAGCCAAAGAAAAGAAUGAUAAACAGAAAGCCUUGGCGGAACACAUAGCGGCUCUGAAUGAGAAGAUUGGCAAUGAGGGAGGAACUUACUGGUCUCUGCACACAGAACCCACUCUUAGUGAGCACAAUCAACUAGAUAGCCUCUACCGUCAGAUGCUCAAACUAUGCGAAGAGGAGAGGGCUAUCCUGCAAGAUGAACCAAGCGACGUCAUCAAGAACUUGGGUCUACUGACUGCACUUCGGCAGGCUUCGGAGGCAGAAGCCCCGUUGAGCCGUGCGGCUUCUCUGUCAAAGUCCCGCAAGAAGCGAAAUGACUUUGACGGAUCUGCUACAGAUUCACCAGGGCCGGUAGGCGGUCCUUCUGACAAAGGCGGCCGCUCUAAGGGUGGUACGCAGCGCAGCACCAGCGCGUCCAGCACCCAAGUUCGUGACAAUGUGCAGGUUAAGAUUGAGGAAGGAGCUGAAAGCGCCAAAGCCACACCUGCAGAGCGCAACGGGCAGCUAACUGUGGGCGCCGAGGUUGUGUUCAAACACAACAAAAACAAGCAAGGCGUGGAGGGUGAGGGCAUCCAGUGUAUCAUAAAGGGAAUAACAGGUGAGGGAAACAAGAAAAGAUACGACGUGCAGGACCCGGAACCCAACGAGAACGGCGAACAAGGGGCUGUCUAUAAGACUACGGCGGUGUCCUUGAUUCCAAUUCCACGGAUAGGGUCCGCAUUGCCUUCGUUCCCAGUUGGAAAACAAGUCCUUGCACGGUACCCUGACACAACCACAUUCUACCGUGCAGAAGUGAUGGGUUUGAAGAAAGACACCUACCGUCUCAAAUUUGAAGGCGAGGAAGAUGACAAAGAGAUGGAGGUAGACCGACGGUUUGUUCUAGACAUAGGUGGCAAGUGA